UCGGUGUAUUAUUUACCUCUUUCUCAUUUUCAGGUGGUGACAAAAAUGCAAGACUUUAGUCAUUUUCUGGAGUAGUGUUGAGCGUCUUCCAAAGCAGCUUCAGGCCUAAUGAUUCGUGCUGCAGCAAUUGGUAUCCCCAUUGGCAUUACCUUUGUGGAUUGUUUCGGAUAUGUUGCAAAGGUCGAGGGCGUGUCCAUGCAGCCAGCCUUGAACCCUGAAUGCAGUAGUAAGAACGACUUCGUCUUCCUCAGUCGUUGGAGUUCUCGUUCCUUCAGAUACAACCGAGGUGACAUGGUGUCUCUGAUCUCCCCGAAGGAUCCAGGCCAGAAGAUUAUUAAGAGGAUCAUUGCACUUGAGGGGGACUUCAUAAGGACUUUAGGUUACAAAAGGAAAUACAUUCGUAUCCCAGAGGGUCAUUGCUGGGUGGAGGGGGACCACACAGGACACUCCCUCGACUCCAACUUCUUUGGUCCCGUGGCCGUAGGACUGAUAACAGCAAAGGCCUCGAGAAUUGUGUGGCCUCCUGAGCGUUGGCAGAAGUUGGAGAACACACUGCCUGAAGACAGAGUGCCCUUGAACCUCCGUGGUGUAUUAGUUGAUCAGGAAGAGCUUGUAGAUGUAGAUAUAGAUGAGUGA